AUGGCCACACCACCACCGCAACCCGGAGGCUUCAUCCUCUCUCCGCCCGCGUCCACAAUCACAACUACCUCAACCAUGCACCCAACCCUCCCCCACCCGCGAGACACUCCCCUACGCCCCGGCGGCAGUAAAGAAUCUGCCUUCAUCCGCCACUGCGAUGCUCAACUCCUGCACAUCCAACGACGUUUCGCGAAACGCACCUCUCCAAGCUCCCAAUUCCUGUCAGAAGUCGACCGCGACAAGGCAGAUACAUGGGGCGACGUCCAAGGCUACAACACCAUGAGCGAAGCAUGUAAAGAUCUGGGCGAAUUAGUAGACAUCGUCUGGGUCAGCGGGACGCCUGGGUUACAGGUCCCCUACCUCAUCAGCAUCGGACUUUUGCUGGGGAAUGUAGUGCAGGGGAUGCCGCCGAGUCCAAAGGCGCUGUUUCGGGUGUUGGGGAAGUUGGAUCUGGCAUUUGCGGGGCUGAUGCAAGGCCGGGAUGCUGAGACGGGAGAGAGGUUGCCGGGGUUUGAAGGGGGUGGGAGGAGGGGGGUUGUGAGUGGGACGGAGAAGGUGAGGAUUCGGAGUCUGGUGGAACGGACGAGGGUGGGGGUUGUGGAGGUUUUCAAGAGGGGGGAGUUUGAGUAUGAGGAUGAGGAGGGGGAGGGGGAGGGGGAUAGCAUGGAUAUCGAGACGGAGACGGACGAUGAGGGGCGUUUGGUGCUGGAGGGGGAUGAUCAUGAGGAGACACCUGAGGAGAGUCUGGACAUGCAGAUUGCGAGGGUUUAUGAUCGGACAAUGGUUGAGUUGGGGGAUAGUCUGGAGGAGCCGAGUAUUGGGGUUCUUACGGAGGGGAGAGGUAGAGGGUAA